AAAAAAAGCAAAACGAGCAUCGAGCACAAUGAGUCUUAUAGCACUCCAUGCUGCCACUCUGACACUGGCAAUGUUGCUAGGAGCUACACUUCAGGCACCGAUAGAAUCAGAAGACAGAGCAUCUAUGAGUAACACUACUACAGUAGUGGCCGGAGCAUCAUUAGAGUCUGGUGAAGAGGGAGACAUGAAUGAGACCCAAGUCAGCAGUUGUCCCAACUAUCAUCCCGGUACCAGCCCUCAUGAUAAGACUGGCUGUCUCACUGGAUCAACACUGACCAGUCAACCACGAGACUGCAUUUGGGUUCAAGUGGCACGGGUCAACCCUGGCUGCCUGCGUAUUCGUCGCAUUCCACAAGCUAAUCAGAGUGAUUUGGCUGUACAGAACACGUUGACCAGUGUGGUAUCAGCGGUACUGAGUACAGAAUAUACCUCAACCAGAGAAACGAGGCCGGCCUCCAGCGACAGUGUCCGUCUGAGAGUGUGAAGACCUACGCUCGUCUAAAGCAGACGGCUCAGACGCUACCUCCAGUCUCCGAGAUACGGGUGCAGGAAGGGGAGAGGGACGGGGAGCCUGCAUAACUACAGACCAACGAAUUCUGUCUCUACAAUGUCUCCAUCUCCAACUGCGAGAGUGGGUUUACAGUGUUGGAGACUUCU